GCGCACAGACUCCCGAUGAUGGACACGCCGCCCGUGUUCAAGGAGAGCACAGGCCAGACCGCCUCGCGCGUGCCCUUAUAUGCCGCGCAAUAUUGUCCCGUGGCUCCUAACACGUCCCUCGUCUCUGUCUCCGCCCUCUCUGCUGCUGUGUAGCUAAUUGUAUUCAAUCUCGUUCGCUCGCUUACCCCGCACGACAUGCAGAGUAGCAAGCAGGCCCACGCGCCCCUUAUGCUGCCGUACGCCCAGUGGAAGAGCUGGCCGGAACGCAUACGGCAUUUCACGCCAGCAUGGCAUGCAGUCAUCAUGGGCACAGGUGUUGUCUCCGCCCUCCUCAACGACUUUCCUUACGGACAGAGCAACGACAACUUUAAAUUGGCCGGAUGCGUCUUCUUUAUCCUGAACCUCAUACUCUUCGUAUUCAUCUGCAUAUGCUCGUUCCUGAGAUACGUAUUGAAUCCUGAUGUUUUCUGGCUCAUGAUCGGGCACCCGGCACAAAGUCUGUACAUAGGGUGCUUUCCGAUGGGCUUCGCUACACUCAUCAACUCUGCUCUUGCUCUCAAUCAGAACUGGGGCUUUGGGGGAUCAGGCUUCCUCUACGUUCUAUGGGGCUUCUGGUGGCUUGACUCUGCCCUCUCCUACCUCGUCUGCUACGGCAUGAUCUACACCAUGGUUGUCCGGCACGAACACUCUAUCUCGAACAUGGCCGCAGUCUGGCUCCUGCCCGUCGUCACGCUUGUCGUCGCAUCCUCCACAGGCGGGCUCAUAGCGCAGGCGAUCAAAGUUCAUUCACACACGUCGGCGCUCGUCACGACCGCAUUCUCGUUCACGAUGCUCGCGAUGGGGCUUGCGUUCGCGCUCAUGAUGAUCACUAUCUACCUCCUCCGGCUCCUCAUCCGCGGCGUGCCCGACCCGGGGCUUAUCCUCUCCGCGUUCAUCGUCCUCGGCCCACUUGGCCAGGGCGGCUUCUCCCUCCUCAUCAACGGCAAUGCCAUCUCGGAGCUUCUCCCGCUGCAUAUCCAGGGCGAUUUCCCGCAGAGUGCGCUGGCGGGCCAGAUGAUCUAUGCGGCAUGUUUCUGCGCGAGCUACGCACUGUGGAGCAUGGGCAUUGCGUGGAUUGUGGUUGCGGUAUGCUCGAUAUACCAUGUGGUCCGCGUGCGCCGGACGACGCUUCACUUCAAUAUGGCAUACUGGGGGCUGGUCUUCCCGAAUGGCGUAUUUGCGCUGCUGACGGUCGAGCUCUCGCGCGUGCUCGACAGCGGAUUCUUCAGGGUCGUGGGCUCGCUAUGGUCUGCGCUCGUGUUCCUCCUGUGGGGCGCCAUCUUUGUGCGCAGCAUCCCACCGUUCAUCGACGGCACGCUGUUCAAGGCGCCAUGUUUGCCUGAUGGCUCGGUAGCCGCGCAGCUCCUCCCCACGGUGCACACACAUGCGCCACAUCCUGCCCCUGCCGCGGCUCAUGGCGAGAAAUCGGAUGUGAGGGACUCGUUCGCAGAUAGGAACUUCAUGUGAGGAGAAGCGCACGCACAAUUUUAGACCGUGAGAGGGAUGCUUAAGGAGCCGGUCGGCAGUUUUUAUAUACAUAUACGUACGUAGCUCUUUCCAUCUAAUACGUGCUGCAUAUAGACACUCCCUCCGGGCUAUAUAUAGUGACGCAUCGUUCAAUUAAUCCUUGC